AUGGUAAGAAAGAACAAAAGAAAGAAGGAAGAGAUUGCUGAGGAUUGGUGUUUUGUCUGUAAGGAUGGAGGGUUGCUAAUGGUGUGCGAUCAUAGGGAUUGCCUUAAAUCGUAUCAUCCUUGUUGCGUGGGAAAAGAUGAUUCCUUUGUGGAGAAUGGCAGUCGAUGGACCUGUGAUUCACAUAUUUGCUUCCUUUGCCAUAAAGUGUCAAAGUUUAAGUGCUAUUGUUGCCCAAGUGCUGUUUGUGGGAGUUGCAUCUAUGUUGCUGAAUUUGCUACUGUCAAAGGCAACAGAGGAUUUUGUUGUCACUGUUCAAAACUUGCACUUCUAAUUGAAGAAAAUGCUGAUGUUGAUUCUGAUGGGGGAAUGGUAGAUUUCAAAGAUCGAGACACAUAUGAAUGCUUAUUUUCAGAAUAUUAUGAAAUUAUCAAAGAAAAAGAAGGGCUGAAUUCUCAGCAUGUACAUUCUUCUCUUAAUUCCUUAAAGAAUAGAAACAAUAAAUGUGACAUGGAUCUAGAUGAAAUUGGUGAAGAGGAUAUUGGAGAAUCUGAAGAUGUUAGUAACUUUAUAGUAUCUGAUUCUGAUGACCUGAAUGACACAGCAGGAUCAAAAUCAGUGAGAAAAAAGAAGGGUGAGAGAAAGCUAAAAUCAAUGAGAGGAAAUGUGAAAGAUAAGAAAAAGGAGUUUAUUGGAUGGGGUUCAAGAAGUCUCAUAAAAUUUCUUCAAAAUAUUGGUAAAGACACAAGCAAAGAAUUUUCUGAACAUGAUGUUACUUCUAUCAUUAUUGAGUACUGCAGGGACAAGAAGCUUUUUGACCCUGUGAAAAAGAGAAAGGUACUUUGUGAUGCACAACUUAGGUCUUUACUAGGGAGGAAAUCAGUUAAUAGAAACAACAUACAAAACCUUUUGGCACGGCAUUUUGCGGAGAACUUUGAGGAAAUGGAUUAUAUCCCAAGUAGUUCAGAAGAUAUGGAUGACAAUGAGCCAUUCCAAUUUUUGUGCCAGGAAAAAAUUAUCUCAAGUGCUAAAUCUCGUCAGAAUGUUGUUUCUGAAGUGCGCCAAAGCUGUUUUGCAGCCAUAGUUAGUUCAAACCUCAAACUUGUCUAUUUGAAGAGGAGUUUAAUGGAGGAGCUUUUGAAGCAACCAGAAACUUUUGAUGACAAAGUGCUAGGAAGUUAUGUAAGAGUCAAAUCUGACCCUCAUGACUAUUUUCAGAAGAAUUCGCAUCUGCUCGUACAAGUUGUAGGAAUAAACAGAACCUCAAAGAAUGAUGAAAUCAACAAAGAAAUUCUGCUUCACCUUUCUAAUGUGCCAAAAGAUCUACCUAUCUGCAAAAUUUCAGAUGGUGAAUUUUCUGAGGAAGAAUGUCAAGAUUUGUAUCAGAGAAUGAGAAAUGGUCUGCUCAAACAGCCUACUAUACUGGAGCUUGAGCAGAAAGCCAGAAGUCUACAUGAAGAUAGAAUAAAGCAUUGGAUCCCCAGGGAGUUAGCAUUGUUACAAAACCGUAUUGAUCAGUACAUGGAUCGAAAACUGAAGCUUGAGACUCCAUUAGAACAAUCACGUUUGUUAAGUGACAUUCCAAAAGUAAUUGCUGAAAUAGUUGAAACCAAUGUGUCAACGGAGAGUUCCCCUGUAAAAGAUAAGAUUGAGCAAAAUGGCUUAUCAGAAUUAGCCAUUGGAGAGAAUUGUAACUCUGUUGGACUCUACCCCAAACACGGUGGUUCUGCUCAUUGUCCAAAUAAUAGAACCUAUGUUGCAGUUGAAACAAUUGUUCAAGAUGUUGAAAAUGAUGGAGUACCAACAUUAGAUAGUUCUGAGACAAGGGGAGAAAUAUUACUGUCAAAUAAGGAGCUACGUGUUUAUACGCGAAGGAAUUUACAACAGAAGACAAUUCAUCUUAUCAUCCCAAAAAUGCAACAAGUAGAUUCCCCAGAGAUCUCUCCUGAAAAUGUUUCAGGUCAAAAUGCUCGAGUAAAGAAAAGUGAAGACGGUACAGUCUUUCCUGCCUCUAUUGAGCAAUUUGUCUAUACUGCUUCACUAGAUAAAGACACUUCUCAAAGAAAGCUGCUGCAAUCUACCUCAAAAGCAAGGCAAGAUGAUUCCAGGGCUACACACUUUGAAGAAUUAAAUUUAGAUUCUCAGAACUCCAAUCCAGCAAAUUGUGGCUUGCAUCAAUCCAGAAACACAAAAUCUAGUUCUGGUAUAGUUGGAAGAAAUCUUAGUGCUACCAGGAAUGCUAAACAGACAACAAAGGAAAAACAGAGCAUUUCAGUUGCUGAUUCUGUUAAAGUUGCUAAUGACAAACAUGAUACAAAUAUCUCUAUUUCAUUGGAAGAACAAGAAUUUAGCAUUUCAACUACAGACAUUAUUGUGUUAAGUGACACUGUUGAACAAGAGGCCAAUAUUGCAGAAAUUUCAGAGGGACGAAAAGUAGUGGAGAAUCCUGAGAUUUCUAUUUGGCAUUGUGUGGGUCCUUAUGGUGAAAAGAGAGGGCCCUAUUCAAUGUCUGCACUCAAACGCUGGAGUGAAACUGUCUCACAUCCCUUAGAAUUCAAGGUGUGGAAGACAGGUCAAAGUGAAAAAGAGGCAAUACCUCUUACAGAUGCGCUUAACCACAUUUUCUUAAGUACGUAGGUAAAAGGGAAAUGAAAGGAAAACAUUUCCUUACUUUAAGUACAUUACUAGUUUUAACCAUAUAGGUGCUUAAGUGGAAUGCUGUUAAGUCAAAAGUACUUCAUCUAUUGACAGUUCAUGAGUGAUCUUGUUUUCUUUUGGUUGUAAAUUUCACCAGUACAAUUACUAAUACAAGUUUUG